AGGUGUUGUUUUCCACUAAAAUGAAACAUUACAAUAGAGAAUCUAAAAGUUUUUUUUUUUUUUUCCUUUUCAAGUAAUUCAAUGGUUUGAAUUUCACCUCUUAAGAUAAAUAGGAUAAAUAAGUGGAGAAUCUUAAAUUCAAACUCUGAUUUUUGCAUAUUACAAUGUUUCUGUCAACUGAGUUAUACUCACAUUGAACAAUGAUUAUUUAUUUAUUACUUUUAUAUAUACAUAUAUACUCAUUAUUUUAUGUACUAACUACUUUUUAAAUAUCACAAACUUUAAUCAUCUAUGGUGGGUCAACUUCUUUAUCAACCCAAACACAUGAUUAAAGUGUCUCAUCAAUUUCUGUAUGAAGAAGAUGGUACUGAGGCCAAGCAAUUCUCUGCCGGAAUGCCACCGGAGAAAACCAAAGUUUGAGACAAAGCAAUCUUUUGGAGUGGACCACCACCAACUCCACCCACCAAUACCAUAGUUACAAGCAUCAAGAGAAAGUUUGUGUUUUGUUUAUGAAUAAACAUGGAGACAGUGACUUCAAGUUUUCUUUUUUGGGCAAUUUUGAUGCUUCAUUUGCUGCUUAAAGCUUCUUCCAAUGCAGAAGGUGAUGCCCUGUAUGCAUUGAAGAGCAGCUUGAAUGAUCCUAAAAGUGCUCUUCAAAGUUGGGAUAAUACCCUUAUCAAUCCCUGCACAUGGUUUCAUGUUGAAUGCGAUGCUGAUAAAACUGUGACCCGUGUUGAUCUUGGAAAUAUGGAUCUUUCUGGUACACUGGUUCCAGAACUUGGUGAUCUCUCAAAUUUGAAGUCUUUGGCACUGUAUAAUAAUAAAAUAACAGGCACAAUCCCAGAAGAGCUCGGAAAUUUGACAAGCUUGGAGAGCUUGGAUCUUUACCUGAACAAUUUAAGUGGUACUAUACCGAAUACAUUGGGCAAGCUUCAAAAACUACGUUUCCUGCGUCUCAAUAAUAACACCUUGACUGGCGGCAUUCCCAUGUCAUUGACAAAUGUUUCAACGCUGCAAGUUCUUGAUCUCUCAAGCAACAAUCUAGAAGGGGAUGUUCCAGUGAAUGGUUCAUUUUUAUUAUUUACCCCUGUCAGUUAUCAUAAUAAUCCUCGCUUGAAACAACCAACAAUCACUCCUGCACCAAUUUCUCCACCAUCACCAGCUUCUUCAGGUUCCACUGAUACUGGAGCUAUUGCUGGAGGAGUUGCUGUUGGUGCUGCUCUAUUAUUUGCUGCCCCUGCAAUUGCAAUUAUUUAUUGGCGCCGAAAAAAAAAACCACAAGAUCAUUUCUAUGACGUUCCUGCUGAGGAGGAUCCUGAAGUUCACCUUGGUCAGCUUAAAAGGUUUUCACUACAUGAGCUUCGAGUAGCAACGGAUAACUUUCGUAACGAAAACAUUCUAGGUAGAGGUGGAUUUGGAAAGGUUUAUAAAGGACGCUUAGCUGAUGGUACUCUUGUAGCAGUAAAAAGACUUAAAGAGGAACGUGCACAGGGUGAUGAGCUGCAAUUUCAGACAGAAGUGGAAAUGAUCAGCAUGGCUGUGCAUCGUAAUUUGCUCCGGCUUUGUGGUUUUUGCAUGACAUCUACCGAACGUUUGCUUGUAUAUCCUUUGAUGACUAAUGGAAGUGUAGCAUCAUGUUUACGAGAACGUAAUGACUCUCAACCACCGCUUGAGUGGACAACGCGGAAGAAUAUUGCGCUGGGAGCUGCUAGGGGGCUUGCUUACUUGCAUGAUUAUUGUAACCCUAAGAUUAUUCAUCGUGAUGUGAAAGCUGCAAAUAUAUUGUUGGAUGAUGAAUUUGUAGCAGUUGUUGGAGAUUUCGGUUUAGCAAGGGUUAUGAAUUGCAAAGACACUCAUGUUACUACUGCUGUUCGUGGUACGGUUGGGCAUAUAGCACCUGAGUACCUGUCAACUGGAAAGUCUUCAGAAAAGACCGAUGUUUUUGGAUAUGGUGUGACGCUUCUUGAACUAAUAACUGGACAGAGGGCUUUUGAUCUUGCACGUCUUGCCGGUGAUGAUGAUGUGAUGUUACUUGAUUGGGUUAAAGGACUACUCACAGAGAAGAAGUUGGAAACACUUGUAGAUCCAGAAUUAAAAGGAAAUUAUGACGAUGAUGAGGUAGAGCAGUUAUUCCAAGUGGCUUUACUAUGCACACAAGGGUCCCCUAUGGAAAGACCAAAGAUGUCCGAGGUGGUUAGAAUGCUAGAAGGCGAUGGUUUGACCGAAAAAUGGGAGCAAUGGCAGAAAGAAGAAACAUAUCGGCAAGAUUUUAGCAGCUAUCGCAUGCAUUACCCUAAAGCAAAUUGGAUAGUGGUAGAUUCAACUUCAAAUAUUCAGCCAGAUGAACUCUCAGGACCUAGAUGAUCCCUUUAACAUUCCUUCCUCUGCCUGAAAAAGAUAAACUUCAUGACUAAUUGUGCAUAUGCUUUUCACCAUCUCAUCUACUUAAUUUUUCUUUUCAUCUUUUUGAAAUGAUCUUGUAUGGUCAGGUUACAUGUCCAUUGAUCAAGUUAUUAUUAUUUAAGAAAGAAGUUUGUAAUGUUUACUGGAUUGUCAAGUUGUAGGAUAAAGUGUGGGACACAAGCAACCAACACUUUUGCUAUUGUAUGUAUGAGAAUCUAGUAUAGAGCUUUUUAUGGAAAUAUAUGCAAUUUUAUUGAA